GUCGCGAAUUAUCAAAUGUGAAUAGCUGAAGGCCUAAAAAUGGCAACAACAACAACAACCACAACGAUAACAACAACAAUAGCAACAAUAGCAACAGCAGCAACAGUAACAACAGCAGCAACAACAGCAGCAGCAACAGCAAUCAGCAGCAACAGCAACAACAGCAGCAACAGCAGCAGCAGCAGAUCAGAGAGCGAAACACUUCAAUGCCAGAAGAGGCGCCACCAGUGCUAAGUGUGCAACGGCAUCGUUAGCAGCAGCUGCCGUUGCAGUUGCAGUUGCAGCAGCAGCAGCAGCAGCAACAACAACAAUUGCAGCCAGUUAGUUGCUGACAUGGCAGCCGUUGCGGGCCUCUACGGCCUGGGCGAAGAUCGACAGCACCGGAAGAAGCAGCAGCAGCAGCAGCAACACCAAAAGGAGCAGCUCGAGCAGAAGGAGGAGCAGAAGAAAAUUGCCGAGCGCAAAUUGCAGCUAAGAGAGCAGCAACAACAGCGCAACUCACUCGAUGGCUACGGGUCUUUGCCCAAAUUGAGCAGUCAAGACGAAGAAGGGGGGGCUGGUCAUGGCUUUGGUGGCGGACCACAACACUUUGAACCCAUUCCUCACGAUCAUGAUUUCUGCGAGAGAGUCGUUAUAAAUGUAAGCGGGUUAAGGUUUGAGACACAACUGCGUACGCUAAAUCAAUUCCCGGACACACUGCUUGGGGAUCCAGCUCGGAGAUUACGGUACUUUGACCCGCUUAGAAAUGAAUAUUUUUUUGACCGUAGUCGUCCGAGCUUCGAUGCGAUUUUAUACUAUUAUCAGAGUGGUGGCCGACUACGGAGACCGGUCAAUGUCCCUUUAGACGUAUUUAGUGAAGAAAUAAAAUUUUAUGAAUUAGGUGAUCAAGCAAUUAAUAAAUUCAGAGAGGAUGAAGGCUUUAUUAAAGAGGAAGAAAGACCAUUACCGGAUAAUGAGAAACAAAGAAAAGUCUGGCUGCUCUUCGAGUACCCAGAGAGCUCGCAAGCCGCCAGAGUUGUAGCCAUAAUUAGUGUAUUUGUUAUAUUGCUAUCAAUUGUUAUAUUUUGUCUAGAAACAUUACCCGAAUUUAAGCAUUACAAGGUGUUCAAUACAACAACAAAUGGCACAAAAAUCGAGGAAGACGAGGUGCCUGACAUCACAGAUCCUUUCUUCCUUAUAGAAACGUUAUGUAUUAUUUGGUUUACAUUUGAACUAACUGUCAGGUUCCUCGCAUGUCCGAACAAAUUAAAUUUCUGCAGGGAUGUCAUGAAUGUUAUCGACAUAAUCGCCAUCAUUCCGUACUUUAUAACACUAGCGACUGUCGUUGCCGAAGAGGAGGAUACGUUAAAUCUUCCAAAAGCGCCAGUCAGUCCACAGGACAAGUCAUCGAAUCAGGCUAUGUCCUUGGCAAUAUUACGAGUGAUACGAUUAGUUCGAGUAUUUCGAAUAUUUAAGUUAUCUAGGCAUUCGAAGGGUUUACAAAUAUUAGGACGAACUCUGAAAGCCUCAAUGCGGGAAUUAGGUUUACUUAUAUUUUUCUUAUUUAUAGGCGUCGUACUCUUCUCAUCAGCGGUUUAUUUUGCGGAAGCUGGAAGCGAAAAUUCCUUCUUCAAGUCCAUACCCGAUGCAUUUUGGUGGGCAGUCGUUACCAUGACCACCGUUGGAUAUGGUGACAUGACACCCGUCGGCGUUUGGGGCAAAAUUGUGGGAUCAUUAUGUGCGAUUGCUGGUGUACUAACAAUCGCACUGCCCGUACCGGUUAUCGUCAGUAAUUUCAAUUACUUCUAUCACCGCGAAACGGAUCAGGAGGAGAUGCAGAGCCAAAACUUUAAUCAUGUUACUAGUUGUCCAUAUUUGCCAGGUACAUUAGUAGGUCAACACUUGAAGAAAUCAUCGUUGUCCGAGUCCUCAUCGGAUAUGAUGGAUUUGGACGAUGGUGUUGAAUCGACGCCAGGGUUAACUGAAACACAUCCUGGACGCAGUGGAGCAGCUCCGUUUUUGGGAGCCACACAGAUGCAGCUGCAACCUCCGCCAGCGCAGCAGCAGCAGCAGCAACAACUACAGCAGCAGCAGCAGCAGCAGCAACAACUGCAACUGCAGCAGCAGAAUGGCUUCAAGCAGCUGCAGACAACAAUAAGCGUCAGUGCGGCAACUGGCAGCGCUGGGAGCAGUCUCACAAUGAGGCACAACAAUGCGCUGGCUGUUAGCAUCGAGACCGACGUUUGACUACUGGCUAACUGUUUUUUUAUAAGCAUUAAACUAUUUUCUCUUUUUUUUUUCUAUCCACGUGCGCGCGCUCUCUUGCUCCCUCCCACGCGAUAUGCCCCAUAUGUAUGUCUCAUUCUAUGACUAUAUAUAUAAACUAUUACUAUAUAUAUUAUGUAUCUUAAUGAAUAUUAUUAUAUAUAUAACUUAUAUGUAUAUAUAUCUGUGCUAUGUAAACGCAUCACUUGGCUAAAUUUGGAUGUUAUCUAUCGAUAAUAUCAUCGGGGGCUGGGCAGUAAAAUUGAUGUUAAGUGGUAUAAGAUUGGCCUUGUCAAGUGUUACGUUGGAUGCCAGAAACGACUACAAAAGCUGUUUAAGUUUAAUUUAAGUAGAACAAAUAACAAACAAAUUUAAACUAUUGGUAAAUUUAAUUAAAUUUAAUUAAACUAAAAUACAAACAAAAAAAAACAAACAAAAAGAAACAAGAAAAUAAUAUAUAUAUGUAUGUAUUUAAUAUUAUAAAUAAUUAUAAAAAAUAUUGAUAAUUUAAUGCGUAAACAAUUACCUACAUUUAAAACACAUAAAAACAUCGAAAAAAAAAACAAACAAAAAAUAAUAACAAUAAUAAAACUAUAUAUAAAAAUAGAUAACUCAGAGAAAAAAUCACAAAUUCAUAUAAAAUUAAUUGAAUCACAGAAAAAAAAAAUUAACAAAACCGUAAAACCCAGUCGAAGUAAACGCAGUUAACGUGAAAAGCAAAUAAAAGUGCAUACAAUAAGGCCUUACACACAAAUACACACACAAACACACACAAAUACACACACACACACAAAUACACACACACACACAUAAUCUAGCACACCAACAGCCAUAUACACACACAAACAGUGUGGUAAAGGCAGCAUAAAACAGUGCUGUGCAGCAAGGUCAGUUCUUAAACCAUUUCUCAACACUUCUUGUAUUUUCAAAAGAUUUCCAAUACUAUUGCUAAAGUAAGCUGCUUUGCAACACUGGAAAAGACGCUUUGAAAGCACUUCCGAGUUUCAACUGUUUUCCUUUUGAGUCACUUUCCGCUUAUUACCAGCUUAAUAUAAAACUAAAUAUAGUUAAUUAACUAACGAAGUUCAUAUAGUUUGCUCAAUCUAUGCGAUCAGGCAACUCACUUGCUUCUCAAAGCUAAAAUUUCAAAUCAGUUCUAAAAAAAUGCCUGAUCAGGCAGAGCAUAUUAUGCUUGAGCCGCCUCUGGCUCAUAUAUGUAUGCUCACAAUUGAUUGGUUGAUAUUUCAAAAGAACGAAAAUCUAAGCAAACUUUCUUCAAUGCUGAUUCAAUCAACCUAAACGAGGUAUCAAAAAUGAUGCUGCCAGCGACUACGACUACUUCCAGCUUAGCGCUGAUAGCAUUGAACAUUUCACAACACUCAUCCUCACCCACACACACACACACACACACACACACACACACAGACACAAGCAAACACAAACACACGUAAACUAACAGCAUAGUAAAUAAAAACUGCCAUAAUAUUACAAAGAAAAUAAAGAUCAACAAUUUGUAUAGUUAUUAAAAAUAAAUAAAAGAAAUAACAGUAUAUGCUUUUUAACUGUGACAGCAUAAUAUAUAAACUAAUCAGAAAAAAAUUUACAUCAAAUACAGUGCACACACGCUAAAGAGUUCUUAUUUAAAUUGAACCGACUGUAACGAGAAUAUUGAAUCGGAUCUAGCUUUGAUCUUUGGCAUUUGUUUCAAUCUGUUUGUCUGCUAGCAAAGAAAACAAAUUUCACGUACUUAACUAUCCCAACUACCAAAACAAACCAAGCUCAACUAACCCGCCCACCCAAAAAAUGGGACAAAAACAAAACAAAAAACAAAACAGAAAAGGAAAUAUAAAAAAUAAUAAGGAAAAUAGUCCAACAAGAGAAACUACAGUAAGAACUGUUCUAUAUAUAAAGCGAACCUGCUUAACUUUCUGCUUAAAACUCCCCCCGAAUAAAAACGGAAUAAAAAGUACAAAUAUUCAUUAUCACAAACAAUUUAUCACGAAAUUAACCAAAGACAAACAAAGAGAACAAAAAACAACAACAGCUAAAAAAAAAAAAAAAAAUUUAAAUAUUAAAAAAAAAAAAACAAAAAAAAACGACUGCAAUUUAAUUGAUAUACUUGAAACUGAAGACACAGCAGAAAUAAAACUAACAGAACUUAAAGCAAAAGCAAGUAAAGUUCAAACAAAAAAAACAAACACCGAAAAAUGCCUGAUGAUGUUUAAGGCAAAUACUAAGAACAAAUGUAGAAGAAUGGCAAA